UUAGUCCUGAAGGAUGUUCUGUAGAAAGUAAAAGCCUAUUAAGCUGACCCCUUUGUGCCAGAAUUGUAUUGCAUUUGUAGCUAGUUGCAUCUGGAGGUGCUGAGGAAAUGAUUGUCAAUACAACUAGAUUUCCAUAUUGCCUUUUAUCUCUGCAACCCGAGAAGUGUACUGUUGAACAAGUACUUGAAAAAGUUGUGUGGUUUAGGUUGCAUUAAAACUAGCAAAAAUCUCUGAAAUCUUCUCUGCUUGCACUGCUGUUAUCAGUAAUCACAGGGAACUAACUGUUUUACUGAGUUCCACACCAAACUUGAUACCAUCACAAUUACAUUUUAGAUGCACUUGAAUUGCCUUUGUUUCAGCUAAUAGUGUUGUGUACCCUGGGAGAUGAUGAUGAAACAAAACAGGUGGCGGGGGGAUAAUUGGAAUUUGAAAUUAACUCUCACUUUCUGCUUCCUUCAUGAAAUGAACAGAAAAGGAGUGGUUAAUCACUGAGAAUAAACUUCAUUCAGCUGGCUCACUGCAACGUGUUGCCUUUAGAAUACAUUGUUGCUCUGAUGGGCUGCUUUUGAUUAUGUUUCCAGCUGUUAUUAGGGGAGCAGUAUCAUGUUUAAGGGGGAGUGUCUCAGCCUGAAUCAUUUGCUCUAUUUUUUUGUAUUGGUUUUAUUUUUUGGAUUAAUGGUUUGAGUUGUUAAAUGAAUUGGAGAGUGAAGCAACAUCCUGUUAUCUUCUUGUCAUCUUUGUCUUACCUCAGUGCUGUGCUGUCUGUAGGCACAGAGCAGAGCAAGCCUGUCCAUGUUUUUAAAUGGCCUUAUGGAGGAGAAAGCAACCUCUCAGGAUGCAAAUGAGAUGGAAUUGUAUGUUCUUGACACCCUUGCAAAAAUCUUGUAUUUGGAGUCUUUUAACUUAAGAAUUGCCCAGAGUAUGGUCAGCCCCAUGCUAGAAGGAGCACUUCUUUAUGUCUGUGACAUGAAUAUCCUUGUUAUAUGCCUGACCAUUCCAGAUGUAGUAGUGUUGCUGUAGUACCAGGCUUUAUUCGUUUUCUGGUUGUAUUCUGCUAAUAGCUAGAUGGUAUGGGAAUAUUUUUUUCCCUUUACUUAAUGUACCCAGUUUUGAUUAUCAAUGGUUUGCAGGUAUUUUAAUUUUGAAAAAUAAUUGGUGAAGGACUAAGUAGAAAUAUGUGUCUGGGGUUGUAUUUAAAUAUAUGAGCAGCAGAUAUGACACGUCCAGGAUCGCUGAGUACUUGGACUCAGAGACAGCUAUUACUCUCCUCUGCACCCUCUGGCAUUUUUAGGAAUUGUUAUCUUACCAGAAUGAGAAUUGGAAAGUUACCAAAUACUGGUGGUUUGGGAUAUGCAAAAAUCCUUUAUGGAUUUUGAAAGUUAAAAAAAAUGAGAGUUAAACAAUUAUAUAUAGCUUGUUCUUUUGUUUUUGUUGUGUUUUUUUUCUCAUUGUUUUGGUUAUUAGGCAUGUGUAGCCAACCUCAUGGCUCCUAGAUGGCUUACAUUCCAAUUAAAAUAGAAAUAUUUGCUUUAAAAUUUUCAGUAUAUGUGGUUCUUGCUUAUUAGUGUCACGGGAUCCUUGGGGUGUCACUUUGCCAGUGAGAAACCUCUGUGGCCAUGGCCGUGGCGCCUUCUGCCUGAGUAGUGCUCGUGCCCACUGGGCUCGUUCUACCCACUCAGUCUUACAGGCUGUGCUCAGCUCGUACUACCAGCCUGGAUCCCAUACCUGCCAAGGGAACUGUGGAAGGUGCAUCAGUGAAGAAGUGGACCAAUGUGUAUAAUCAUGGAAUCUUCUUGCUAACCAUCACCAUCAGCUCUCUUUAAUAAGUGAGCAAGAGUGGGUCAGGGGAGAAGGAAAAGAGGUCAACAUGAAGCUAAAGCAGCGAGUCGUGCUGUUAGCAAUUCUCCUUGUCAUUUUUAUCUUCACCAAAGUUUUCCUGAUUGACAACUUAGAUACAUCAGCUGCCAACCGGGAGGACCAGAGGGCCUUUCACCGAAUGAUGACUGGCUUGCGGGUGGAGCUGGCACCCAAGCUGGACCAUACCUUGCAGUCUCCCUGGGAGAUUGCAGCCCAGUGGGUGGUUCCCCGGGAAGUGUAUCCUGAAGAGACACCAGAGCUGGGGGCAAUCAUGCAUGCCAUGGCCACCAAGAAAAUCAUUAAAGCUGAUGUGGGUUAUAAAGGGACACAGCUGAAAGCCUUACUGAUACUUGAAGGAGGACAGAAAGUUGUUUUCAAACCUAAGCGGUAUAGCCGAGACUAUGUGGUGGAAGGGGAACCAUAUGCUGGUUAUGAUAGACACAAUGCAGAGGUAGCAGCCUUUCACUUGGACAGGAUUCUGGGUUUCCGCCGAGCCCCCUUGGUGGUUGGCAGAUUUGUUAAUCUUCGGACAGAGAUUAAACCUGUUGCCACGGAGCAGCUGUUGAGCACCUUCCUAACUGUAGGAAACAAUACUUGUUUUUAUGGGAAGUGCUAUUACUGCCGAGAAACAGAACCAGCUUGUGCUGAUGGAGACACAAUGGAGGGAUCUGUCACACUUUGGCUUCCAGAUGUGUGGCCUCUGCAGAAACACCGUCACCCAUGGGGCAGGACUUACCGAGAAGGCAAAUUGGCCAGGUGGGAGUAUGAUGAGAGCUACUGUGAUGCUGUGAAGAAAACAUCCCCUUAUGACUCUGGCCCGCGCCUCUUGGACAUCAUUGACACAGCUGUCUUUGAUUACCUGAUUGGCAAUGCUGACCGCCAUCACUAUGAGAGCUUUCAAGAUGAUGAAGGCGCUAGUAUGCUCAUCCUUCUUGAUAAUGCCAAAAGCUUUGGGAACCCCUCGCUGGAUGAAAGAAGCAUUCUUGCCCCUCUCUAUCAGUGUUGCAUCAUUCGGGUUUCUACCUGGAACAGACUGAACUACCUAAAGAAUGGUGUGCUAAAGUCUGCCUUAAAAUCUGCCAUGGCCCAUGACCCCAUCUCCCCAGUGCUCUCUGAUCCUCAUCUGGACGCCGUGGAUCAGCGGCUCCUGAGUGUCCUGGCCACCGUGAAGCAGUGCACCGACCAGUUUGGGGUGGACACAGUACUGGUGGAAGACAGGAUGCCUCUCUCACACUUGUAA